GCCACUCGCACCGUCACAUGCUACUAACAGCAUCCAAGCAGUUUGCGUCUUCAUUCAGGCCUUCAAGCAUCACUUCUGCGGCUUUCUCCACCCGAGCUCGGAUCAGCAUGUCUUCGGCACCUUUGCAACUGGCAUCCUUGAGCGGCGUCGAGGCAGCCAAACGAGCGGCCGCAUACGCAGCGGUGGAUGCUCACGUAGGCCGCAACGAUCGCAUCAUCGGCAUUGGCAGCGGCAGCACAGUGCCGUACGUAGUGGAGCGUAUCGUGCAACAAGGCAAAGAUCUCAACGCUUCUAGAAUCUUCUUGCCGACGGGAUUUCAAAGCAAAGAGCUGAUCGUUUCCAACGGACUCCAAUUGGGAGAUGUAGAUUGUCAUCCCAUCAUCGAUGUGACCAUUGACGGAGCGGACGAGGUGGAUCCUGCUUUGAACGCCAUCAAGGGCGGAGGCGCUUGCCAUCUUAGGGAAAAGGUGUUGGCAGAAGCUGCAAAGAAUUUCAUCGUCGUGGCGGAUUACAGGAAGAACUCCAACGGCGUGCUAGGAACUGCUUGGACUCAGGGUGUGCCCGUAGAAGCUGCCGAGUUCGCAUACAGCAAGGUCAUGAGGGACUUGACGAAGCUGGGAGGGAAGCCUGUGCUUCGAAUGGGCAAAGCGAAAGCUGGUCCAGUCGUCACUGACAAUGGGUGAGUCUGUCUCCGCUGCGCCCCUCAUCCCCAUGCCGUUGCCUGAUACGCAUCUUCUUUCCCAAUUCUUCAGCAACUUCGUCAUCGAUGCUCCCUUCCCGCCCGAGCAAAUGGCUAAGCCCAAGGAGCUUCUGCAGCAGAUCAAGCUUUUGACAGGUGUCAU